GAAGGUAGAACAUUUUCAGAAUUAUGGAAGAAUUGCCCAGAGAUGAACUUGAACCUGAAGAGCAGGAUGAAGAGUGUUCUGGAUUUGUUGAAAGUGUUGUACUAGCGCUCAAAGUUUGCUUUUAUGAGAAUGACAUGAGGCGAAUUUUAAUUGAGAGAAGUGGUGGUAGUGUAGUUUAUCAUCAUAGAGCUUGUAAUAGAUUAGUGGACGGGGAUGGUCAACACAUAUCAUCAACUUGUUAUAAAUGGUUCAACUCACUUCGCCAGUUUACAGAUGACGCUCAGGACCAAGACCAAGAAAAUAGGACGGAGGAGGAUGUGAUAAAUGAUGACUUUCCUGUCUUAGAGGACUAUGAUAAUAUUGACGACCUAAAGAAAGAACAAAACUAUGAAAACGGAGAAAGCGAAGCACUUCCAUGGGGUGAUUACAGUGAAAGGCCUGAGGAUAAACAUGAAUUAGAACAAACUCCAGAUCCCGCGGUCUUAAAACGGGAAAGACGACCAACAACUAAAAAGCUGGAAUCCACGGAGUUUCUUUGUCAAAUAGAAGGAUGUAAUUCACAGCCUUUUCUAGGCAAAUCUAAACUUAGAGAACAUUUAAAGAAAGUUCAUAAUCUGCCAAGAAGAGGGAGAAAACCACUUCUGGACAUAGAUGUAAAAGAAGGAGAGACAAAAUGUUCUAUCUGUCAAAAAGAGUUUGGCAAUACAAACUUUUUGAAAAAGCACAUAAAAAGGCAUAAUACGAGUGUUAUUUUUUUUAGUCAGCAGGCGUGUCAUAUCUGUGGACAGUUAGUGAAAGAUUUGCAGAUACACAUAAAAAUCCAACACACGGAAAAAGAUAAACUUAGGUAUUUCUGUGAGUUCUGUGGUCGAGGUUAUAAAGGGUUUUCAGCAUAUGCUUUCCAUAUCGCUGGACACACAGGGGAGCGGAAAUAUCCUUGUGCUACCUGUGCUAAAUUUUACAGGAAUAGUUCCGAGCAGAAGAAAUGUGAAAAAGGACAUCUUGGUCUUUUUAAAUGGAACUGUUCCCAGUGUAGUUACAGAUGUCAUCAGAAGAACAAAUUUGUGCGGCAUCUUCGUACUCACACAAAAUCAGAACCUUUUCGGUGUCCGCUCUGUAACCAACGGUCUGCUAGGAAAGAUUACCUGCAGAAACAUAUUCUCAAGGUUCAUCCUGAGUUAAGCCUGGAGGAACUAGAGCAAGCCCAUCCCAACCUUUACUCAAUACAGGAGACUAUAUCAGUGGUUGAAGGAGAGCUAAUAGUGUCAACCCGUGAACCUGAGGUUGAGACCUUUGUCCCUUUAGUUCAUAUGUCCCAGGAGUCAACACAGAUGUUUCUAGUUACCAAUCAGUCAGACUUUGGAGCCAGGUUCAGCCACACUGAUCAAAGUAAGAAAGUGGAAAUGUUGGAGCCAGAGGAGAAAAUUAUUUUACUAAAUAAUUCGGAGCUGUUGAAACCAAAGAUUAAAAAUGGAGAUGGAACCUUUUAAAACCCUAAUGUGAUAUAUCUAUAUAUUUAUUUUAUUUAUUUAUUACACUGCUGAGUGCUGAGAUAUAAUUCUCAAGAAAUAAUAACGAAUUAUGCUUUAAAAGCUUUUAAUAUUCAUGAUAAAUAUAAAGAAUGAAACUAGAUAUAAAGUUCAUAUUCUCCCAUUAUCUAAAAGGUGUUCUUCUCUACUCAAGAGUACAGUGUUUAUAGGCUCAAGUACAUAGUACCACCAAUGUGAUAUUGAAGUAACACAAAGAAGAUUUCUGAUCGAUACUCUUUCAGAAA